CGUGAUGCGAGCAGUAUGGCAGCCGCCUGAGAGCCGAGCAGCCGCCGCAGGACUUCCCAGACUCGCAGCCCACCAUCCCGGUCUGGCAGGUUCUGUAAUUCAUCCCUCAGUUAAGAGGAACAUAUUGCUGGUGGUUUCUUCAUUAGUAUGGAAAAUGAAGAUGACGAUCCAAUUAUACAGGAGAUCGAUGUCUUCCUGGCUAAAAGCCUGGCCGAAAAACUCUACCUAUUUCAGUACCCAAUCCGACCGCUGUCGAUGACCUAUGACCGAGUGACACAUUUAUCAGCAAAGAUUAAACCAAAGCAACAAAAGGUGGAAGUCGAUGUGGCUAUCAACACAGUGAGCCCCAAUUACUGUCGCAGUAAAGGGGAACAAAUUGCUCUGAAUGUCGAUGGCGCCUGUGGAGAUGAAACCAGCACAUUCUCAACGAAACUUAUGGAUAAGCAGACAUUCUCAUCCAUUCAAGCUGCAAGCAACACAUCUCGGUAUGCAGCGGCUAUAUUUCGAAAAGGUGAGCUUCAUGUGACACCUCUGCAUGGUUUGCUGCAAAUGCGUCCCAGCUUCUCCUACCUGGACAAAGCAGACACCAAACACCGAGAGAGAGAAGCUGCCAAUGAAGCUGGAGAUUCGUCUCAGGAUGAAGUUGAGGACGAUGUGAAGCAAGUGACUGUACGCUUCUCUCGCCCGGAAAGUGAACAAGCACGGCAGAGGAGGGUCCAAUCUUACGAAUUCCUGCAGAAGAAGCAGGCCGAAGAGUCCUGGGUUCACCUUCACUAUUACAAUAUCAAGGACAGUCGUACGGAGCUCGAGCGCCAGUAUUUGCUGUGCCAGAAUACAAACACAUCCGAGAACACGGAACUAAUGAAAUCCCCCAGUGAAUAUCUGGAGAUGCUGAUGCCUCCAUGUGUCGAGGAGGAAACAGAGAAGCCUGUUUCUCCGAGCAACGUACUGUCAAUGGCUCAGUUAAGAACUUUGCCCCUAGGAGAUCAAAUUAAGAUUCUAAUGAAGAAUGUUAAAGUUAUACCUUUUGCAAACCUAAUGGGAUUAAUGGCAGCUGGCACAGAAUCGAUUGCAGUUAUGCGAUGCAUACAGCAGGUGGCAAUGUUGGUCCAAGGAAACUGGGUGGUUAAGAGUGAUGUUGUUUACCCGAAGGAGUCCUCCAGCCCUCACAGUGGCGUCUCGGCAGAAGUGUUGUGUCGUGGCAGAGACUUUGUUAUGUGGAAGUUCACACAGGAUCGCUGGGUGGUGAGAAAAGAAGUUGCUACUGUGACAAAACUUUGCCAAGAAGACGUGAAGGAUUUUCUUGAGCACAUGUCUGUUCCCCGGGUUAACAAGGGAUGGGAGUUCAUGCUGCCUUAUGACGAAGACUUUGUAAAGAAGCACCCGGAUGUGGUUCAAAGGCAGACCAUGCUGUGGAAAGGAAUACAAUCCAAGUUGGAGAAAGUAUUCAGUUUAUCAAAAGAAGAUAUUACGCCUAAGAAGUCUGAAGUAUCUUCAGCCCAGCCGAAGGUUAUCCCGGGAGACCAACUGGUAAACAUUGCCAGGAAGAAGGCUAAGGAGGACCACGCUCAGCUGGAGAUGAACUUGAAAAGAAAAAAAGAGCAAAGUAAAUUGGGCUCCUCCAGCUUAACCGUUUUGGCUGACGUCCACAUUAAAGAAGAACCUCUAAGUGACGAUGAAGCCAUGGACACGUCUACCUGUGAGAGCAUCAAUAACGGACUUGUCAAUGGAAUUCACAUGGAUGAAUCUUCCAGGGACUCUGUCAAUGGCCUCAUCACAAAGGGAGAACGAGAACUUGUAUCACAAGAACUGAAAGAGUUUGUGACUGCGAUCUUUAGCAAGCAGUAUGUUUUGACUAUGAGAGAACUGAAACGUUUAUUUAAUCUCCACUUGGCUGGUCUUCCUCCUGGACAUCUCCUGUUCAGUGGAAUCCCCGACAAAAUGUUGCAGGAAACGGUUCUAAGUGCUGGCUGUAAACAGAUUCUGGUGCCUUUCCCCCCACAGAGUACGGCAACUCCUGAUGAACAGAAAGUGUUUGCGCUGUGGUCCUGCGGUGAUGCCUUUGACAAGCUGAGGCAGGCCCUACUUGAGCUCUUCUCUAAAGGUCACCGAAUGCGCAGAAACCACAUCCAGACACAGCUGAGCCAGGAGUUUGGAGAUGGCCUCAGUAAACAGCAGCUGGACAAGGUGUUGAAGGACUGCUGUGUGUGUUACGGAGGAAUGUGGUAUCUUAAAGGCACCGUGCAGUCGUGACAAUGACAGCAAAACGGCAGAAAACCAAUAACAAAGUGACGCAGGCACAGAGUGGGCGGCCCCUGCCCUGGAUUGUGACGGACCGGUUAUAGCCUCACACGAAAAUGUUAUCAAGGGCACAGGGGCACAUAUGUGUAUUCGGACUGAAGACAGAGUGUUCCCAGAAGGCAAUAUGUUCUUCUGGAUUAUUUCAUGUAUUUUGGAUUUUAAACAUCAUAUUUUUGUCAAAACCUGAUUAAAUCUAAGCAGAAAGUCACAUGCCCAGUGGGUAAUAUGAGAACUCAUGGAAAUUUAGUUUUUUGAAACUGUGCCAUCAUGAUGAUGAUGAUUAAUUUUUUUUAUUAUUAUUAUUCGUGGCUUUUGGCCAAUUCAAAACAAUCUCUGUUGAAAUAGAAAUUCCCCAAGCCAUAUUUUACUAAACAUGCACCCCAAAAUAAAAGAUACAUUUAUUUAAAGACCUAGGCUGUUACUGCUGUUCAUUGAUGCAUUCUUUUGCAAGCCUGGUCAGUUUGUUAAUGGGUUAAAGCCUUACGACCCAAUAGCAUGAAAUUCUUUUCCCCCUCUGUAAUUGAACGUCUACUCUAGUCCAACCAUUUUGUCAUGCAGUCAAUAUUUAAAAAUGUAUUUAUGCAUCUUAUUAAAGAAGCCCACAUUGUAAAAUGUCUCUUUUUUUUUUUUAUUCUUUUGCAGUUAUUUGCUUCCCAAUAAAUAAAAUAUUCACCUUUAAUUGUCUUCCAAGUAUCAGGAAGAUUAUUUUCUAGGCAGUUGAGUACAUUGCAUCCUUCUGCAAGGAUUUAAACAAGUCUCUUGGAAAAUAUUUAUUACGUUGAAUAAAGCGGAACAUUCGAGCAAUAAAAAAAAAUAUAUUUAAAUCAGAUUAGUUCCUUUUUUUUGUUUCGAUUUCAGCCUGUCCAUUGUUAAAAAAAAAAUUUAAUAAAUAAAACAAACUUGCCUUUAAUCAAAAA